CUUCAUUAUUCCUGUCGCAUCCCGUUCCCGUUCCCAAAACAAGAAAGAAGGCGUCUCGCGUCAAAAGCUUGCCCCGGCCUCACUUUAAGACCUCCUUCCCCUUCCUUACACUUCCCGCAUACGCCACCAACUCUACCUCCUCGUCUUCCUUCACUGCCCCUGCAUCCAUACCGACCUCACCUCCUGCCGGUUGCGGACUUGCUUCUUGUGAAUAACGAUUCCCUCCUCAUCUCAAGUCUCUUCCAUCCCCACUCACGACUUCGGAUCCGACAUUUUUGCUCGUAUCUGUUUCUAGCCUGUGUCUUUGAGCAUCACCAACAGCAUCAUACAAUGGAUUACACGGAGGACAACCAGAACUCGGCUCCUGGCAGCGUCCCUGCUGCCAAGCUCAACAAUGGUCGCUCAGGUCCCGACUCUCAGAGCACUACCAAGAGACUCCAGACCGAGUUGAUGCAACUCAUGACGUCGCCCGCUCCCGGCGUCUCGGCCUUUCCCUCCGCCGACGGCAACCUUCUCUCUUGGACCGCCACCAUCGAGGGUCCCGACGACACUCCCUAUGCCGGUCUCACCUUCAAGCUCAGCUUCGCCUUCCCCUCCAACUACCCCUACGCUGCUCCCACUGUUCUCUUCAAGACACCCAUUUACCACCCCAACGUUGACUUCUCCGGUCGCAUCUGUCUGGACAUCCUCAAGGACAAGUGGACUGCCGCCUACAACAUCCAGACUGUCCUUCUGAGUCUGCAGAGCUUGCUCGGCGAGCCCAACAACGCAUCCCCCCUCAACGGUGAGGCGGCCGAGCUGUGGGACAAGGACCCCGAGGAGUUCAAGAAGAAGGUGCUGGGACGUCACCAGGACGUUGAGGACGAGUAA